AUGGCCAUAUUUGGAGUACAAAAUAUCAAUAACAAUGACGAAAUAGCACGAUACCAAAUGGGCAGAUACAUUAGCAGUAGCGAAGCUAUUUGGCAUAUUCUUAGCUUUCCCAUACACGAAAGAGAUCCUUCUGUCCAGCAUCUAGCAAUACAUCUUGAAAAUGGUCAACGUGUAUACUUCACUGAAGAAAAUGUCUUUCAAAGAGCGCUUGAGGCUCCAAAAAUGACUCUAACCGAAUUUUUUACAUUGUGUCAAAAAUCUGAUAUUUUUGGCCAAUUCGCAAAGACAUUGAUAUAUGCUGAUGUUCCACGUUAUUUUACAUGGAACAAAUCUAGGAAAAAAUGGGAGCCACGAAAACAAGGAAAACCACAGCCUUCCAUUACAGGCAUAUUCAAAGCUAAGACAUUGGGGCGACUUUACACGGUACAUCCAAAGCAACGUGAGUGCUUCCAUUUACGUUUGUUAUUGGUGAAUGUUCCCGGACCAACGUCUUUUAAAUUUCUGCGAACAGUUAAUGGUCGAGUAUUCAAUACAUUUCAAGAUGCAUGUCGUGAACUGCAAUUGCUAGAAGACGAUAACCAUUGGGACUUAACGCUUGCUGAUGCUGUGUUGACAUCAACAUCCAAUAACAUUCGUCAGCUGUUUGCAAUUAUUUUGACGACAUGUUAUCCAUCACAAGCACAAACUUUGUGGGAAAAAUAUAAAAAUUGGAUGACAGAAGACAUAUUGCACCGAAAUAGACAGACAGAUCAAUGCCAAAAUAGAGAUUAUACGCCAGAGAUGUAUAAUGAAGCGUUAGUGUUGAUCGAGGAUUUAUGUGUGGUAAUUUCAAAUUUACCACUUAAUCAUUAUGGUAUGCCACCACCUAAUCGCCCAGCUACCGACUUAGUCAACGUUGAUUUACAACGAGAAAAACAAUAUGACCGUGGAAAUUUAGCAACAAUUAUUGUGAACAGUGAGCCAUUACUGACACCGGAACAAAAAAAUAUUUAUGAUCGGAUUAUGCUGGCUGUUGCUGCUGAACAAGGUGGUUUUUUUUUCUUGGACGCACCAGGAGGAACCGGUAAGAUAUUUUUAAUAUCGUUGAUUCUUGCCAAAAUACGGUCGCAACAGAAAAUCGCAUUGGCAGUUGCAUCGUCAGGCAUUGCGGCUACUUUGCUAGAUGGUGGGCGAACGGCACAUUCAACAUUUAAGCUGCCAUUGGACAUUCAUCAUAGACCAAAUGCAAUAUGUAGCAUAAAAAAGAAUAGUGGAAUAGCUGCAGUAUUGCGAAAGAGUUCAAUAAUAAUUUGGGAUGAGUGCACAAUGGCUCACAAAUAUUCACUCGAAGCAUUGCAUAGAACUAUGCAAGAUUUGAACGGCAAUAAUAAACUUUUCGGUGGUGCUAUCUUACUUUUAUCGGGUGAUUUCCGACAGACCUUACCGGUUAUACCUCGCUCUACUUUCGCGGAUGAGAUUAAUGCAUCUUUGAAACAAUCAUUCUUAUGGCGAAGUGUUGAAACACUUCGAUUGACGAUAAACAUGCGCGUGCGAUUGCAAAAUGAUCCAUCAGCACAAAUAUUUUCCGAACAAUUACGAGAUAUUGGGAACGGCAAAAUAGAAGUUCAACCAAAUAUGCAAUGCAUUAAACUGCCAGACAAUUUCUGCACUGUUCUUCAGGAAAAAAAUGAAUUGAUUCAAAGUAUUUUUCCGAAUAUACAGAAUAAUUACUUGAAUCACAACUGGCUCAGUCAUCGAGUGAUUUUGGCAGCUAGAAAUGUUGACGUUGACGAAAUUAACUUUCAGAUACAACAGUUGUUACCAGGCGAUCUGAUGUCUUUUAAAUCAAUCGAUACUGUUGUUGAUGAAAAUGAAAGUGUCAAUUUUCCAAUUGAAUUUUUAAAUUCACUAGAUAUACCUGGAAUACCACCACAUAAUCUUCGACUAAAGAUUGGUUCCCCUAUUAUUCUACUACGUAAUUUGAAUCCACCUCAAUUAUGCAACGGUACGCGUUUGGUCAUCAAAAAGAUCACUGGAAAUAUUCUUGAAGCAACCAUUUUAAGUGGGAAGUUUAAAGGAAAAGUGGUCCUGUUGCCACGUAUUCCAAUGAUACCAUCUGUUGGAAAUCCAGCUAAACGCUGGCCUCCCGUCCCCCGCGCCCCCCGAACUCUUGACCGCUCGACCCCUGGCCAAAACAACCCGCUGUUGCCAGGGGGUCAAUUGGCAUUUUUGCCUAUCCGAGGCGCCACUUUCCGGACGGAUUGA